AAAAAAAACACAAACACAAACGCCAAUUGCACCACCCAUUGGAGCCCCGACGGCCUCGACAACUCCUCCUCACCUCCCGGUGGUUGAUGGUUCUGCAACGAUAACGGCCAAGCCCGCUGCCUGCGGUGAGACCAUAUUGUAUACGUACGAUGGUCACCAAACCCACCAACAACAGCCCCCCGGCGGCCGUUCCCUCGCGAAACGCCCUCCGCGCUCUCCGCCGGUUGGCGUUCGCAGGGUCGACUGUGGGAGGCUUCUGCACGGUUGCUGCCCUCACCUACGAAGCUCAUCGCCGGGUGCGCAUUGCCGAACGAAUCGUCGAGAAUAAACGUGCCCUCCAGACGUCCGCCCCUAGGUACGAUGCGAAAUCCGCGGCGAAGAGACUGGCCCGUAUGAUGGAGGUGGCUGAGGCCGGGGAGUUCAUGGGACUGGAUUCGUUGAGAGAGGAGGAUCGGACCCGGCGAGAAGGACGGACGCGACGGGCUGAGGAGCCGGACAUCCCGCUUGGUGAUUGGAGCUCGGAUCGCCAACAACUCCAGGACCAUAGGUCUCCGGCUCAGGCGGAGAUGUAUGCUAAUGCUCCUUCGCCAUUGAGCUUUGUCGAUUCGCUCCGCCCGGGACCGAUACCGCAGAACCAUGUUCCGAAUGCGUUUACUCCUCCUCCUACCCUCCCGCGAUCGAUGGAUGCGUUAGAACGAUCAAAGUCUCUCCUUGCGCUUAAAGACACGAGUACAAAUAAUGAUGGGUUGGUGGAAGCGGGGAACACGCCUCAGGAGCAACUGUCUGUUUCGGAGCGAAUGCAGCAGCUCCUUGAUGAGGGCAAGGCUCUGGACGCUGCCCACUUGUUCUUGGAAUCGCAUCCCGCAACGUUGCGUGGCAUCUCUUCGGAUAAACGGGAGGUGGCGGUCAAGGCGUUUUACUUGAAUUGCAAGCAAGGGAACGUCAUGGCUGCGAAGAACGUGUUUGAGCGUUUGGAAGAGGUGGACAAGAUCUCCCAUGGCAUGUGGAAGGUUCUGUUGUUUGCGUUGGCGAAAAAGGGAUGCAUUGAAAACGUUGGGACUAUCUUUACCCGAUAUAUGCACCAGUUCAAAAUCCCUGCGGAGAUCCUUGAUAUUGUGCUCCGAUGUCUGCUGGAGUCCCACCGGCUCACCACCGCAAAGUGGGUGCUUCUCCGCAAUCUCGAUGUUGAUCGGGGCUGUGGGCUCUGCGGUGUCUAUCUGACGGGACUCUGGAAGAAAACAAGAAGCAUUGAGCUCAUGAACGGACAAUUUAAGAAGCUGUUGACGAUCCUCCCUCGUCUUGGGAAGCAAGUCACUGAUAAACUUUUUAAUCCGGUAAUCAAGGCAUAUGUCGAUUUCGGUCGACUCGCAGAUGCCGAAGCUUUGGCUCUGGAGAUGACCACCACAUACGGCAUUCCUCUACGAUGCCGAACCAAGGGGCUUCUGGUCUUUGGCAAGGCUUUGGCCUGCGACUGGGAGGGCGUGCGCGCCGGCUUGCAGGAGAUGCACGAGCUUAAACUGACCAAGAGAGUGCGGGACUUCACUCCUGUCUUCGAUCGCAUUUUCCUUCAGUACUGGGUGUCGCAUUCGGCCGCCGACAUCAGCGAUUUCAUCCACCGCUAUAUUGAACAAUUUGAAAUCGUCCCGGACAAGGUUCUGUACAAACAUAUCCUUGAGGCGUUGGUGGAGAAGGGGGAUAACGCUAUGGUCGAUGACUUUUUGCGCCUCGCACGCGAACGUGGUUGGCCGAAAUUCAUCAAUGAAGAGGAGUUCCUGGAGACGCUUCGCGCCCGUCGCCACGCUCUGGAGGACUCACCCGUGGGGUUCUGGCAGAUGCUGCAAGCCGCGCGAUUGCAACAUGGGCAGGUUGCCUCGUCGCAGCAUAUUCUUGGAUUCGACCAGCAGUCAUUCCCCAGCCCACAGGUCAAUCUCAUGCCGUACACGCAGAGCCCCCUGGCGUGGUAUGAGCGGACGAUGCAGCCCAUGACUCCAUCGAAACCCGUCGAUCAGUACCAGAAGCUCCACAAGCAGAUGUCCCAUUACAUGCAUGUUGGUAAGCUCGUGGAGGCUUUGAAGUGCUACCAGAACGCCAAGAACGCCAAAUUCCACGUCAAGCAGCUUCAUGUGGAGUUGGCGGUCAUUUGCACCCUGCUCGAGCAUGGCCUCGACGCCGCGCGAGCGCUGAUCGACGCGGACUGGCGGCACAUUCGGGAUUUCAUUCGAUUCUUCCCCCAAUUCUUCCGCCAGAUCAUGGAAGUGGACUCCGCGAGUGAAGGCGAGCUGAUCAAGCUGGCCGUCUUACGCUUCUACGAGCUUUGCUGGUCAAACAAGAAGAUGACCGUGAAGCACCACAUCACGGUCGCGACCAGCCGGCGGCUGAUCGUGGUGCAGAAGCCCGAGCUCGCCAUCGAUCUCCUCACGGCCGUCUACAUGUCGCGGUACCAGCGCUCGCUGUCCUUCGACGGGGUGUGCAUGAAGAUGUUCCUCCGCGCAUUUUCGGCGACCGACAAUCUCCCCGGGAUCCGGUGGUGCAUUCUGACAGGCCUUGCGCGCGGCAGCGCGAUCAACAGUGAAUUUGUGAACGAAGCCCGCCGCGUGGUCGGAGCCCUAGAACGCCAGCCAACUCCGGAAUCGACCAAGCCCAAGGAUGCCGCCCGACAGGCCAAGAAGGUCGCAUAUCUCACGCACGUCACCGAUCUGCUGGCACGGAAAUGCGCGGGGGAUACCGAGAUGUGGCAGCUCAAGGCCGAUUCGAAGAUCAAAAGGGACGGUCGGCGCUUGCUCAAGCGACCUCUAGAUGAGCGGCAUCUGUACAAUACGGCCCAGGUCCCGCAGACGAUCGCCCGGUGGGAUGAGGAGUAUGAGCUGGAGACCGUGCUCGGACGCAUCGACAUCGAUCCGAAAUCCAUCGUGAUCCGAUGGAGCGAAAAGCACUGCCUGGGGCAAGUGCCGUACAUUGACGAUCUGGUGUGAUCCGGGGGUGUAUAUUUACUUGUAUUAUUAUGUAUUGUCUUUCUUAUCUUCAUUCCCCCCAUUGGCAUCUGCAAUCGUUCUUGUCUCGGCGAGAAAAGUACAUAGAUUUGAUGGAUGUAUCCCGUGAUUCUUGUAUGCAUACUAGCGCUGCGGUCUGUCAGUUACUUUAGCUUCGCAUUGGCCUCUUUCCU